UGCCUCGGGCCGCCUGGGAGGAAGUGAUAAGUGGCCAAAUUUUGGCGCCAGCACCGAGACGCCGCCAGCUGGGCCCAAGAUCGAGCGAGAAGGGCAGACCACCCGGUAGCCAGCUCCGCGCACAGCGACCCCGCAACAAAGGCGCCCCAAAUCCCUUGCAGCUGGGCUCGUGUUUGGUGUAAUUGCAGAAGUCCUGCCCCCCGCCCAGCGCCGCCACCGCUGCCCGCCUUUAGCAGCCACCCCAGCUGAAGGGAAGUGGCGGCAUUGGGCGGGAGAAAAGGGAGCUGAGCCCUGGGAUCUCUAGUGGGUGCCUUUCCCCCGAGUAAAAGCUCUGCAAGUCUGCAAUAAAAAUGGCCUCCAAUAAAACUACAUUGGUUUCUAACCAGGAAUCUGAAGUUGGUGGCACUUGGGAAGGACUAAUUAGGAAAAGGAGCCUCAAGGAUUAUCACAAAAUGGGAAAGAAACAGAAUGGCAAAGGUAAAAAAGUUGAAGAAGCAGAACCUGAAGAAUUUGUUGUGGAGAAAGUCCUGGACAGACGUGUAGUGAAUGGGAAGGUUGAAUACUUCUUGAAAUGGAAAGGAUUUACAGAUGCUGACAACACAUGGGAGCCUGAAGAAAACUUAGAUUGUCCAGAAUUAAUCGAAGCCUUUCUGAACUCCCAGAAAGCCGGUAAAGAAAAAACAGAUGGUGGUAAAAGAAAAUCUUUAUCAGAUAGUGAAUCUGAUGACAGUAAAUCAAAGAAAAAGAGGGAUUCUGUUGAUAAACCAAGGGGGUUUGCAAGAGGUCUUGAUCCUGAGCGGAUAAUUGGAGCCACAGAUAGCAGCGGAGAACUUAUGUUUCUCAUGAAAUGGAAAGACUCAGAUGAGGCAGACUUGGUGCUGGCCAAAGAAGCUAACAUGAAAUGUCCUCAGAUUGUAAUUGCUUUUUAUGAAGAGCGACUAACUUGGCAUUCGUGUCCGGAAGAUGAAGCACAAUAAUCAUUUACAUUGCUUUUUUAUAUAUAUAUGAAUAUUAAAACCUGGAUUUUGAUUUUAGUCUGAUUUAUUAGCAAUGUGAGAAACCUCUACAUUCUAAUGAGAAUUGAGUUUGAUAUGUUUGUUUUUUGAAGUAGUGUGUUUUGCAUCAACAGCAAGUAAAUAAAGGCUUUCUGCAACUGGCUUCAUUAAUGACAGGACAGCAUUUGAUACUACUUCCUCCAUAUUCGGUAAAGUCUUUUAUAAACCUUCAUGAUCCUCCAUAGUUAUUACUGAAUCAUAACAAAUGUUUAAACAAACUCACAGAUGUUUUAUAGUCUUCUAUGCUAUUGAUGUGCAUGUAUCUUCUUUACCCCAACCUAGCCUUGUAACAUGUAGAACCAUUCUUUUUAGUAUUUGAGGUAAUGUAGUCCCAAAGAGACCAGGUAAAAAAACUUUGUAGUAAUUUGAAUGUUAUCAUACUGUAUAUUGUUUACUUUAUUGUAAAUACUGGUGAACAGUGGUCAAUAAAAUAGUUUUAUAUUCUUCCUUUA